ACCUCGCGAACGUAUAGAUUGUUAUUUCCAUUAGUCAACGAAGGAGGCAGCAGGCGGGAAGGGAAGGGAAGGGUGAGAGGGAAGCAGUCGAUGCCGAUAGAGCAUUAAUGGAGUCUGUGUUCAGAGCCGACGUCCUAAAGGGGAAGACGGCGCUCAUAACGGGAGGGGGUUCCGGGAUCUGCUUCGAGAUCUCUACACAGUUCGGGAAGCAUGGCGCUGCCAUCGCCAUCAUGGGCCGCCGCCGCCAUGUCCUCGACGCCGCCGUCGGCACCCUUCGUUCGCAGGGCAUCCGUGCUAUUGGGAUUGAGGGAGACGUACGCAAAUCAGAAGAUGCAGCCAGGGUCAUUGAAAGCACAAUUAGACAUUUUGGAAAACUUGAUAUCCUUGUAAAUGGGGCAGCAGGCAAUUUUCUGGCAUCCCCUGAAGAUCUAUCACCUAAGGGCUUCAAGACAGUGCUAGAUAUCGAUAGUGUUGGCACAUAUACAAUGUGUCAUGAAGCUUUAAAAUAUCUAAAAAAUGGAGGUCCAGGGAAAGGCCCAUCCACCGGUGGCGUUAUCCUGAAUAUAAGUGCAACAUUGCAUUAUAGAGCAACCUGGUACCAGAUUCAUGUUUCUGCUGCCAAGGCAGCUGUUGAUAGCAUCACUAGGUCCUUGGCCCUGGAGUGGGGUUCUGAUUAUGACAUAAGGGUCAAUGGAAUAGCCCCUGGACGAAUUGAUGGCACCCCGGGAAUGCAAAAGCUUCGACCAAAGGAAGUGACUGAAACAGGACAAGGUUUAAUGCCUCUGGAUAGAUCUGGAGAGAAAUGGGAUAUAGCUAUGGCUGCUCUCUACCUGGCUUCUGAUGCAGGUAAAUUUGUCAACGGGACCACUUUAAUAGUCGAUGGAGGUUACUGGCUAAGCCAACCUCGGCAUAUUUCCAAGGAAGAAGUAAAGAAAAUCUCUAGGAUUGUGGAAAAAAAUUCAAGGGAGUCUACAGUUGGAAUACCAACCAGCAAGCUAUGACAGCAUAAUAACCCAACAGUUCUGCAAACUCAAUUUCAGCUUCAACAACAGGAUAGGAAGCCUUGUUAGCUAUUCCUUAUCCAGCAAAACGAGCCAUAGUAUAUUAUGCUGCUGUCUUAUCAUAUGGAAAUGAUAAUAAUUGUUGUCAGUUCAAUAUGACACUUUCAGAGAACCAAGCUUUUAUUAUGCUGAGAAAUAUGAUGAAGUGUUACAUUGCUCAUGCAAUUUCAUU